CCCGACCACAAGGUACCCUACUACUCCAUCCUGCUUUUCUUCUACAAACUGCCUAGGACACAUCUGCUGAUCUCAUCUAUAGCAGCUGUACACACGAAGGGUCUCUGUCAUCUCUACGUCAUAGUAGCUCUGUUACAUCAGUGGUUCACCAUGACUAACGCUUAUUAACUUUUCUAUAGAUUAUGGUCAUACACGCGAACCUGCUGAAAUUGGCCUACUAUAUCUACUAAUCUAUGGUGGACGUUUCCAACAAAUCCAAAACUCAGAUACUUUGAGAACUCCGAUACGAUCCAACGCACUCAAAUGGACUUUGUACGAGGAGAAUGAAUAGCUCUUUAAUAUCGAUAUGUGACGCCGCCGUCCGGAUCCAAGAAAUCACGCAUCUCAAGGGUAUCUAGGCCCUGGAAACGAAGUAAGGCAAUGCCCAUCAGACUCUGUUACUACCUACCCGGCCACGCGAUUCUGGCGCUUACUUUGUUACCACUAGCACCAAUGCCUCGUCGAGCCAGGACAACUAUCGUAUCUACCAUCACACCCUCACCCGCUCCCAGAGACCAGUUCCAUCACUCCAUUCCGAGAUUCAUAUUGCGGCGUUUUCAUACUGGUCCUCGCAAAUCCAAAGCAGAGCGACGCAAAGAGUAUCAACGGACACACAUCGAUCCUGACCAUGUCUUUUACUACGACUUGGCGUCAGGGAGCCUUGAUGUUCGUUCGAUCGGGACCAUCUAUGGGCUCAAGAAUCUUUAUAGGGACGCAAGCAACCCCAGCAACGUCAAUGAGCUGGAGGAAAAGCUUUCCGUGCUAGAAAGAGACGCCGCUGUUAUCAUCGAAGGUCUUCAUUCCAGUCUUUCCAGUGGGAAAGCCAUUCUGAAACGGCAUGAUCUCCAACGGUUGCGGAAGUUCUUAUUCAUAAUGCAUUAUCGCAAAUUAGGAGUCCGAGGGUCGUACUUCAAUCCUGAUCAUCCCACUGGAGGCCCGCCUCUUCGUUCAUGGCUUGAGUGCUACAAAACCAAACAUCAGUGUCAGACGCAUACCGAUGUGUGGUUACACGUCCUCCGCUAUUACUUGGAUACCCCUCAUCCACAGAUUCUUAACCAUGCCCAGGCGUUGUAUGAUCAACAUGGCCGGGAGAAGGUCGAUAGUGCGGCGGCGACCCAUAUUGAUCCCAACUUCGAGCAUUACGAGGCCGUUGCGUACUAUAUGCAGGCUGAGGAUUAUUUCUUGUGCAUAUGGGAGGCUAAUGCCGCGUCAGAAUUCAUUCUGACUAGUGGGUUUGGAUUGUGGGAGGGUAUUUCGGGAAUAGGCAACCACAUUCAUCGUAUUUUUGUCGUCAGCCCUCGGAUUGCUGUCGUCUUACGUUCCGUCAGUCACGUGUACGAGGGUGGGCCUAUCCCAGUGAACAGUUCACUGCUCAAAAUUCGCCAGGAGAAACCUACCGUCAAACUCGUCAAUGGGGAAAGCGCAUUCGUGUUCCCUGAGGGCAUGGACCAGUCGUCGUCAACCAAUUGGAACCUUUUCAGAUUACCCGAUGAUCUUUUCACAUUUCCCAUAACGAAGCUCUCCCUCUCUGAGACCGAUGCUUUCAAUAACGUUCUUCUUGCCAAUGUCAAAUAUGAUGGUGCUAUCACGUUUCUGGGGAAAGAACGUAUGCUGCGUACCAUACGUGUUUACGAUCAUGAACCAGUAAACAAAUAUGAUCGACAAAAGUUCAUCUCAUUGAUGCGACAUUUAUCGGUGAUCCCGACAGUUAUGGCACAGGUGCCAUUAUCAUGCGAUCCAGUCGAUGCAGAGCUCUACGCAGCCCUCAUGGGGAUACUGCUCAAUGAAAAACCCUUCAUCUCUCGCUACAACCGCGCCUUGUCGGUUUUCCAGCUAGUAAAAAACCCUUCCCUGCGCAAAUCCUGCAUCUUUGUAUCGGAGCAUAUCUUCAAUUUCCAUGCUGCUUUACAGGGAUGUCAAGACAAAUUUGAUAGGGCUAUACGCAGAGCUGACUUUCUUUCUGUUACACUGGAACCGUCGCUAUCGGAGGAGGUCUCUUUGCAGGUGUUUGAAGCGCUCGAUCGGUUUGUAUUGGAUAAAUUCAACGUGCGGCUGACUUACGAUACCAGUGACGUGCUUGGGCAAGUGGGUAAGGAGGUCAUGCUCAUCGCAUUCCUUGACUGGGUUAUUGACGAGGCAGUCCAUGUUUUGGAUAAAAUGCCUGUUGUAAUGAGGAGAACACUACGGAUUCAAUUUCCAUAAGGAAGCAUAGCCAGCUGUAGCCUGAAGGAGAAUGUUGGAUAUAAUUCUGAAUAAACAGAGCAUUUCU